UGGCUAGGUCCCAUCCUUUGGGCUGUCCCAAAGAAGAAAACUUCUCAUUCUAAAAAGCGCAUGAGAGCUUCAAACAAAGGACUGAAGCAAGCCGAGAAUAUAACCAGCUGCCCUGCAUGUGGGAACGCAAAACUUAUGCAUCACGUAUGCCGACACUGCUAUCAAGAGAUUAAA